CACGCAUUGUCAAGCACUGUCGGGUUUUGUCCCGUUGCCGAGUGCAUAAAAAGGGACUCCGAUUAUUACCAGAAGUGGAAAUUCGAGAGAGAAGAAGAUGGAGAGCGCAUCAGAAAUGGUGGCAUUUCCACUGCUGACGACGCCGAUCGAAUCCAACUACAGAGCCUGCACCAUCCCCUACAGAUUUCCCUCCGACAACCCCCGCAAGCCCACGCCGACUGAGCUCUCCUGGAUCGACCUCUUCUACAACUCCACCCCCUCCUUCAAGAAAAGAGCUGAGUCCGACGCUUCGGUUGCCGACGCUCCGGCCAGAGCUGAGAAAUUUGCUCAAAGGUACACUGAGAUACUGGAGGACUUGAAGAAGGAUCCUGAGAGUCACGGCGGCCCGCCGGAUUGCAUUCUUCUUUGCAGACUUCGGGAGCAAGUUCUUAGGGAGUUGGGAUUCCAAGAUAUAUUCAAGAAAGUCAAGGAUGAAGAGAAUGCCAAGGCAAUAUCCCUGUUUGAGAAUGUAGUGGAUCUUAAUGAUGCUAUUGAAGAUGAAGUCAAGCGGGUAGAGAAUCUGAUUAGAGGAAUAUUUGCCGGAAAUAUAUUUGAUCUUGGUUCUGCACAGCUUGCAGAAGUUUUCUCAAAGGAUGGUAUGUCCUUUUUAGCUAGUUGUCAAAACCUUGUCCCUCGACCUUGGGUUAUCGAUGACUUGGACGCUUUCAAAUUAAAAUGGACCAAGAAAUCUUGGAAAAAGGCUGUUAUUUUUGUUGACAAUUCUGGUGCUGAUAUUAUCUUGGGUAUUUUGCCAUUUGCCAGAGAGUUACUCCGGCGUGGGACACAGGUUGUGUUGGCAGCUAAUGACUUGCCUUCUAUCAACGACGUAACUUACACUGAACUGAUUGAGAUUAUAUCAAGGUUGAAGGACAAAAACGGACAGCUCAAGGGUGUUGAUACUUCAAAGCUUUUGAUUGCUAAUUCAGGCAAUGAUUUGCCGGUUAUUGAUCUUUCAAGAGUGUCACAAGAGCUUGCCCACCUGGCAAGUGAUGCAGACCUAGUUAUUUUGGAAGGAAUGGGCCGUGGGAUAGAGACAAAUCUUUAUGCACAAUUUAAGUGCGAUUCCCUUAAGAUUGGGAUGGUGAAACAUCCAGAGGUUGCCCAGUUUCUAGGAGGAAGGCUCUAUGACUGCGUCUUCAAAUACAACGAAGUUUUGUUGAGUUGAUUAUGUGGAUUGUUGAGUAGAUGAAGUAUUAGGUCUUGUAGCUAUUUCAAGAGCUUAUAUGUUUGAACUUCAAAAGUCAUCCCUCCUUAUGAAUAACCAUAGCGACUAUUAGGCGUGGUUACGAUUAUUAUCCCAUAACGGUUAUGUUUUCAGGUGAAUUUUAUGCAUCUCUGCACACAAUCAACCUGUCUGUACUGUAGUUUCGAUAUGAAAUAAGAAAUUUCUUUUCUUAAUCAGCUGA